CAAAAUAUAACUGUCAAACGUCAAAUAGAAGUGAUUUUGCAUUUUCUCCAACAAAACUCGUUUAAAACUCGAUUUAUAAACACAAAGAAGCCGUUUUUUGCUUAAAUAGUUCGCAAUUUUCCUCGAUCAUCAUCGCGAUAUAAAAGAAAUAUUCUAAAUUAUAAUUUUGGUGUAAUUCUUUAAAGAAAUGGAUCGUCUUUUGAGGUUAGGUGGAGGAAUGCCCGGUUUAGCCCAAGCUCCGCCGCCGAGCGAUGCCCCCGUUGUUGAUACAGCCGAGCAAGUUUACAUCUCAUCUUUGGCGUUAUUAAAAAUGUUAAAACACGGUCGAGCUGGUGUUCCAAUGGAAGUUAUGGGACUUAUGCUUGGUGAAUUUGUUGAUGAUUACACGGUGCGUGUUAUUGAUGUAUUUGCUAUGCCUCAAACUGGUACUGGGGUUAGUGUAGAAGCUGUUGAUCCUGUGUUUCAAGCAAAAAUGUUGGAUAUGUUAAGACAAACUGGUAGACCAGAGAUGGUUGUUGGUUGGUACCAUUCUCAUCCAGGUUUUGGGUGUUGGUUAUCAGGUGUUGAUAUAAACACCCAACAAUCAUUUGAAGCUCUCUCAGAACGUGCAGUGGCUGUAGUUGUGGAUCCAAUUCAAUCAGUGAAAGGAAAAGUUGUUAUUGAUGCUUUUCGAUUAAUUAACCCAAACAUGAUGGUGUUGGGGCAAGAGCCAAGACAAACAACAUCAAAUUUAGGCCACCUUCAAAAGCCUUCUGUUCAAGCUUUAAUUCAUGGUUUAAACCGGCAUUAUUACUCAAUUAGUAUAAAUUACCGUAAAAAUGAAUUGGAACAAAAAAUGUUGUUAAAUUUGCAUAAAAAGUCUUGGAUGGAUGGUUUAACCUUGUCGGAUUAUAAAGAAAAUUGCUCUGUAAACCAAAAAACCGUCUCUGAUAUGCUAGAGUUAGCUAAAAAUUACAACAAAGCUUUAGAGGAUGAGGAAAAAAUGACCCCCGAACAACUAGCGAUUAAAAACGUUGGAAAACAAGACCCGAAAAGACAUUUAGAGGAAAAAGUCGAUUUAUUAAUGACUAAUAACAUCGUGCAAUGUCUUGGAGCUAUGUUGGAUACUGUUGUGUUUAAGUAAAAAUGGAUUUUUUUACUUAUUUAAGGCAUAAAAUGUAUUUUUUUAAUUUUUUGGUUUUAUUUUUUCGCAUUUUUUUCUUUUUGAUUAAUCUGUAUUAUUUUAGUGCGGAAUAAAAAGAAUUUUUCAGAAAUAA